AUGAGUCGAUCCGAGGAGAACAAAAUAUGGAACGGUGCCUUAGCGGAGGUAAUAUCAUACUUGCAAUAUGGGUGUGCGGAAAUAUUAAUGACAAACGCAGCAAUUUUUGAAACACCAGUUUACCUCGGAUUGUCGACAAGAUCAUCCGAAAUUCCAGGCUCCCGCAUUCGUGGCAGCACCCACUACCUCGAGCCUGCAGUCACAUGUCGGCCGUCUUCCAAAAGAGCCCCAUAUGACACAGAUUUUGUAUGGAGGAAGCUUGAGAACCAGGUGUUGUCUCCAUUAGGCGCGUGGCUCCCUUUCCUUGUCUACGAAGACGGUGUAGUCUGCGACGUUCUCGGCCCGUUCAAGUCGAACUUCCUCCACUUGCUAGCGCGCGUACACGAAGACAUCACAGUGCAAAGGCAUCCGAUACAAUUUCCGCGUCUGUAUUGGCACACCACGGUAUUCGUGUUGACAGUCGAUUUGAGCAAACCUUGCGCCGCGGCUACCAAGAGUAAUCCUGUCGCGUGGACGCGAUCACAGGACCAGAAGAGGGCUCUGGCAAGACAGCUGUUCGCCUACGAUGACGCUGCAAGGACAGGGCUGUUCGCUGUGGCCGUAUGGGAGUAA